GGACGCACCGGAGAGCCCCACGAUGCAGCGGCCAAACUUCUCCGAUCCGGCAUCGGUGGAGAGACUGUUCAUUCAGGCCGUAGAGAGGGGCGAUCGGAAGGCUAUCAUCUUUGCUUUGGAAAACGCACCUGAUCUGAAUAUCAACUGUACGGAUCAGGAUGAUCGACCAGCGCUACUGAUUGCUAUCGAGAAUGGAAACUCGGAUAUUGUUCAGCUGCUUUUGGAUCACAACGUGCAGUUGGGGGACUCUUUGUUACGUGCAGUUGAUGAGCAGUUUGUGCAAGGUGUUCGGCUGAUUUGUGAACACAUAAAGAAGAAGAACAUACCGGAAUGCCUAAAUUGCAAGGCGUUGAAUGGUGAUUUUCACCCUGACGUCACACCUCUGGUCUUAGCAGCUCAGCACAACCACUAUGACAUCAUCCGCAUCCUGCUGGAGUACGGAGCAAGGAUUAAGGAUCCUAGGGAGUAUAGCGAUGAGGCCGAGAUGCACACACUGGAGAACUCCGUAGGAAUGUUGAAUCUUUACAAGGCGUUAGCCAGCCAAGCCUACAUAUCCCAAACCUCCAGUGACCCCUUCAGCACGACCUUUGAACUCUGUGCCAAGCUUCGCAAGCUCGCCCGGACCAAGUACGAAUUCUGCGACCAGUUCCAGGAGUUAGUCUGCCAGUGUGAGGAGUUUGCCGCGGGUCUCCUCGAUCAGGUCCGUGACUCGACGGAGCAAGCGCUGAUUCUAAACCACGACCCGUACGGGUGGAGUAAUCCGUCUGAAGACCUACAGACUUGCCAACCCAACCGAGUCAAAGCUGCGAUCUUCUUUGAACAACGAAAGUUUGUAGCUCAUCCUCAUUGUCAGCAGCGUCUGAUCGAGCAGUGGUACCACGGCCUGCCCGGCUGGAGGGACCAGAGUUCCUUCAAGUCCGGACUGACCGUCCUCCUGAUGGGUAUAGGCUUUCCUCUCCUGUCCUUAGCCUACAUCUUCUUUCCUUAUGGACGUCUUGGAAAGUUUUUCCGCAUCCCUUACGUCAAGUUCGUCUGUCACACAGCAUCUCAGCUCUGCUUCCUACUUCUUUUGUUUUACCAAACUUUAGUUGAAAGCACUUCCCAUCCUCUGUCAGCUUUGGCUGUUAGCAGUGAGGAAGCAGUCACGGGUGAUUCGGUAUCAACUACAAGUACUAAAACACAACCUCCAAGUAUAGUCAUGCUGCUGAUUGUGGCAUGGGUGGCAGGAAUGACGUGGUCUAAAUGCAAGGAACUUUGGUACAACGGUUCUCGGUUCUUCAACAACCUCUGGAACUAUUUUGAUUUCGUGACGUUGGUUUUAUACUGGACCGUCAUUGCGCUGCUCUUUAUGGUCUACGUCAAGUCUCAAAUGGGUACAGCUGCUCAUCAAGUUGUGGCUCGGUCCCAGGACAUCAACGCCACCGAUCCACCGGUCGCCAGUCCAGAUCCAUCCAUCGCCAUCGAAUCCAACGACGCUAACAUCCGGGAAGGUUUGAAGGAUCUGGAGACGACAUUAGAUGGAAUCGAAGUCAAGAUUGAUGGCUUGAUCGCUGACCAGACUGCCAUGAGCUCGGACAUUCUGACCAAGCUGUCCGAGGCUCUCAGCGGCAAGAAGCGAAAUGUUAUACCGACCCCACCACCAGGCAAUAACACCGAUGAGUACGCCCGAUUCUCAUGGAAACCCUACGACCCGAUCCUGGUAGCUGAGGCUCUCUUUGCCCUAGCCAAGGUGAUGAGCUUCAUGCGUAUGAUCUGCCUGACCGUCGUCAACCGACACGUGGGACCGAUGCAGAUCUCCUUGGGUGGCAUGAUGAUGGAUAUUGCCAAGUUUCUCAUCAUCUUCUGCUUCGUCUGGUUCGCGUUCUCCAUGGGUAUGAACCAGCUGUAUUGGUACUACUCCAAGCAUCUCAACCAACCGUUCGGAACGUUAAUGGAGACGAUGGGGACCCUGUUCUGGGCCUUGUUUGGCCUGCCUGACUACUCCAUCGUUGGUCUUCCAGGAGUCAACCAUCACUUCACCGAGACUGUAGGGCAGUUACUGUAUGCUGUCUACCACAUCAUUGCUAUCGUGGUACUGCUCAAUGUACUUAUUGCUAUGAUGAGUAAUACGUACACAAGAGUUGAGAUGGAUGCGGAUAUCGAAUGGAAGUUUUCCCGCUCCAAGUUGUGGAUGAGUUACUUUGAUGAGCUCGGCACCGUCCCGCCUCCUCUUAACAUCAUCCCGACCCCUAAAUCCGUCUACUACUUUGUGCGAUGGCUCUUCUGCGAUGUGUGCUGUCGAGAGAAUCUAGCCAAGAAAUACAAGGAGCGACUGCGUAGUAUCGUGGAUGAGAGACAGAUGAAAUUCAGGGAGGUAUCGGAACAGGUGGUUCGUCGCUACCACUUCGAGAAGCGCCACCAGGAGGAAGAAGACGACCAGGCCAACCUGUUGAACGAGCUCAAGCAAGAUAUCUCCGGCUUCAAGUACGACAUGUUCGAAGCUCUGUCUGAGAUGGACAAGAAGAUCCGGGAGGUCGAUGCCAAGGUGAACGACAAGGAUUUGGAUGAAGACGGUGGCUUGGGCACGGGAAUGUUCAAAGCUCUCCAAGACGCGAUGAAGGAACCGGAGCGAAGGGACAGUAUGAUCUCCAUGUCGUCAGGAUGCUCGGUUGCAAUGGUGGACAUGAAAUCAACCAGGGAUAAUACAACCCCAGAAUGGAUGGAUCAGGAGGAGGAUAUUGAACUGGAGCCAUUGGUCAAUAGUAAAACAGCCAAUAAGACUGAGGAGGAACAACCACCCAAUGGCCUGGCUGCCGAUCGAUUAAUGUUUAUUGAUGACGAUGAUACCUUAGGUGCGCAUAGGAACACUGAAGUCUAAGCAUCUUACAACAAACCUGCCAAUGGGAUAUCAGGUAACAUGGGACUUUCUAUAUACACAAGGAACGAGAAGGUAGAAAGAAACCAACUUUCUUCUAGAACAGCUUCAAGAGGCCAACGAGUGUCAAGUUUUUGUUAAUUUUAAAUUUUGUUUUAGUACUAAACUAGAAGACGAGUAUAGCAUCGAUUUAAAAAAAAACACCAGUGAUCUUCAUUAUGGAUUCGUGAAACAUUAAUAAAAAGAGAGCUAAAAAGGGGGGUUUGGUUGUGGAUCCGCCCUCGAUUAUUACUUUGGCCCGAUUUUAAGCAUCUGCCAAGACGAAAAGAUUGAAGCGCAAAUUGACGGGUAAUAUGCAACAUUUGCUUUUGCUGUAAUUUUCAGAAAUGGAUGGAUUUGGGGGUAAGUAUUUUAUAGC